GGCAGUCUCUUUGACCUACUCCUUAUAAAGGUCUCUUCUAGCUAGACUAUCAAACUUCCACACAGUUUGCAGUAUUGAAAUUCUCAGAAUCCAUUGAUCGCAUAUGGCUCAAUCCCAAACCAAAACAUCAAGCAUGAAGAUCUGCCAGGUACUGGCCCUGCCUUAUCCUGGUAGAGGCCAUAUCAAUCCCAUGAUGAAUCUCUGCAAGCUACUAGUUUCAAGACAACCUCAUAUUCUCAUCACUUUUGUCGUCACUGAACAGUGGCUUGGCUUCAUUGGUUCCGAAACCAGGCCGGAGAACGUCCGGUUCGCUACUGUUCCCAAUGUUAUACCGUCGGAGCUUGAUCGCGCCAAGGACUUUCCUGGCUUCUUGGAAGCUGUUUCCACAAAGAUAGAAGCUCCUUUUGAGAAGCUACUGGAUGAGCUAGAGUUCCCAGUGUUUGCUAUCGUAGCUGAUUCUUACAUGCGUUGGGCUGUUGAUGUUGGUAACCGGAGGAACAUUCCGGUGGCUUCGCUUUGGCCAAUGUCUGCAUCUGUAUUUUCAGUUUUUCAUCAUCAUGAGCUUCUUCUUAAAAAUGGGCAUUUCCCAGUUGAACUUUCAGAACGUGGAGAGGAGCAUGUUGACUACAUCCCUGGACUUCCUUCAACAAGGGUAGCUGAUCUUCCAACAAUUUUGCAUGGAACUGGAUCUAAUGAAGGUACCAGAAAAGUUUUAAACCGAGCCUUGGAAUGUGUUGAAGGAGUGUCAAACGCACAGUAUCUUUUCUUCACUUCAUUCUACAAGCUGGAAGAUCAAGUCUUUGACCAGUUAAAAACGGAGUUUCCUUUCCCCGUCUGCCCAGUUGGACCUACCAUACCCUUCUUUCAAUUCAAACACAACUCUUCAUCAACAAUAACCAGUAAUCUCAAUGGACGUCCCAACUACUUCGAGUGGCUGGAUUCCCAACCUAAUGCCUCAGUCUUGUAUGUCUCAUUGGGAAGUUUUCUAUCAGUUUCAAGUGACCAAAUGGAUGAAAUUGUUGCUGGGGUGCGCAAUAGUGGUGUACGGUACUUGUGGAUAGCUCGUGGCGAUACUUCUCUCUUUAAAGAUGGCUGUGAUGAUGCAGGGAUUGUAGUGCCUUGGUGUGACCAAUUGAGGGUUUUAUGUCAUCCUUCCAUCGGGGGAUUUUGGACACAUUGUGGCUGGAAUUCUACUCUUGAAGCUGUUUACAGUGGUGUUCCAAUGCUUACAUUUCCAAUCUUUAUGGAUCAAGUUCCAAACAGUAAGCGAAUUGUGGAGGAUUGGAAGAUUGGAUGGAGAGUGAGGAGAGAGGUUGGGAGUGAAAGUUUGGUGACAAGAGAAGAGAUUUCAGAGCUAGUGAAAAGGUUUAUGGAUAUGAAUAGUAUUGAGAGGAAGGACAUGAGUAAAAGGGCUAGAGAACUUAAAGAAAUUUGUCAAGGAGCAGUUGCUGAAAGUGGAUCAUCUAUAAGUAACAUUGAUGCUUUUCUUAAGGAUAUUUCACAGAUCCAUGACUCAGAAUAAGCAAGUAAGUUUAAUGUACCCUGUCCACUCUCAUGAUUUGGAGUACCCAGGGCGCCAUUUGUUUCUUAUGUUGGAGAUAUUAGGACCUUGAUUGUUUGAAUAAUUAAUGAAACUAAGAUUUAUAUAUCGAACAAAGAAAUAAAUUUUCUGUUUA